AUCUGCUCAUUAUUUCUACCUCAUAGCCAUCGCCAGCAAAUAUGAUACUCGAGAUCCGGUCGAACUGAACAACUCAUUGGGAAGCAUGACAGACUAUCUCCUGCUUCAAUUGCACCCCGAGCCUCCGUUUUGGCCACCUCAGCAAAGAUGGCUCCCGUAGCAUGGCCACCGGGCAUAGCAUCCCUUGAUGAAUCCCUCGCAUCCUAUACUAUCAUCACGAAACGUAACCCCACUCGAGAUUUUAACGACCCGGAAAUCGUGGCCCUUAUGUCGAUCUCGCUCAUUACAGCUUCCAUCAGUGUAUUUGCGGCUUUGUGCGCCUUUUACUGGUUUGUUAGGAUGAGGAGGAGCUUCCGUCAUGACUUAAUCAUGCUUUUGAUUCAGAGCGACAUGACCAAGGCACUCUGGCUUGUGGUCUGCCCGCUUGCUUUCUUCGCUAGGAAACCGAUCGACUCGGGAUCGACCUCAUGCCAAGUCCUGGGAUUUCUCCUUACUAUGAGCAUCGAGGCCUCGGAUAUUGCCGUCCUCUUGAUUGCUGUUCACACGGCCUUGUUUAUUCUCAGACCCCGGAAUUCUAGUGGCGCAGCCGGUCUGUAUCCGUAUAGACGCAUAGCGUACAUCUGUUGGGCCAUCAUUCCCAUCAUCCUGGCAGCGGUCGUACCAAUCACUGGCGGCCGUUUCGAAGAUAAUGGUCCCCAAUGCUAUCUGCCUGCUCAUCCUGAUUGGUAUCUCAGCGCACUCAGCUGGAUUCCACGAUACAUCAUUGUUGGCGUCAUAGUAGUUACUUACACCUUUCUUUACAUAUACGUUGCUUUUCGAUUUCGACGUUUCAGCAAAGACCAAAGACGUGCCAGCACAGUACAUGGCGACGAUCCUAACCGGAAUUAUAAGCGCGAUCACCGCCGUGACAACAGUGGGGAUGUCCCACCCACACCGCCUUUCACUGACCACGGAUUGCUAGAUUCGGCACGAGAUAGCCUAGCGAAAGAGGAUGAUCCUAUCGAUCAUCAACAGUCGGUUGCCUCAACACUUAGCAGUCUCAAUUGUGGCGGGGCCACUCCCACUUCUCUGCGGCGGCCCGAACAUUCUCUACGAAGCUCAGUUAGAUGGAAUCCCGCAGAUUUUGCUACCGGCGGGUAUUUCGAUCCACGAGCGAGGCGCUGCAGCCACACAGCCUUUAGUAGUAUUCCUGCUGUCUCAUCACCGCGCGCAGAAGCAACAAUCCCCAUUCGCCCCCCCGAUUUCGUCCAUUAUAGUCCACCAAAGUCCUCGCAAUCUACUCGUGGCCAUUCUCGAUGGAAGCAUUCUAUGUCGUUCGGCUCGAAUAGCAUGACAGCUUCCGUCUCUAAUACGACCAGCACCCCACGACGUGAGUCACCGCGAGCGAAUGGCUCAAGGCGAAGUACGUCGUCAAGUUCCGUCUGCUUGCCCCAUGAAGAAACCGAAGAGGCGAUGCGACGGUCACGCGAGAAGCAACAGCGGCAACUCCGCCUUCUAUUCGUCUAUCCACUAAUUUAUAUAAUAACGUGGGUCGCACCAUUUGUGUCGCAUAUUCUGCGGUAUGAUGGCAGUUACACCUCGCCUGGAGAGAAGUCAGAACCUGUGAUAUUGCAGGUUAUCAGCAUAGCAAGCCUGUGCAUCGGCGCUGCCGUCGACUGUUGUUUCUUUAGCGCCUGGGAAAAGCCGUGGCUGCAUCUGCGUGGUGGAUUUUGGGAAGGCUUAGCAUCACGGUUGCGGAUACGUAAACCCUCACAACGACGGCAAAGGGGUAUGGGUCGUACGCGCGAGGAGCGGUUCGUAGACGCGACCAUGGCACGUGUACGCCGCGAGCAAGAGGAAAAUCUUGAAAGCCUGAAUAACGGAGCUGCGGCAGCCGCUGGAAGGCCUUCCGUACACUGGACGCGACAGAACACGGGUUCCCGCGAGUGGUGGGACGUAUUAGACGUGGAAUACGAUGAUUCCCCCGGGACGAGCCGCCCCCAACCAAACGGGAUACAAGCAGGAUCUUAACAUAAUAUUAUGUAAUUACGAACGACAUGACGAAUAUGAGGGUUAGGCGCCAACAUGCAUUGGCUAACGACCGGGGAACAAUAUCGGCUUAAUACCGAAUGCAGGUCAGACUGGAGCAUUUACAUCGGAAAGGGCAACGAAUGUCACGAUAAGAUUCAUUUGCAUAUAUGCAUGGCACGGUGCCCGGAUUUCAUUUUUUGUAGGCAUAACGGUACUAUGGUAUACAUACCUAGGUUGGAGAAGAGAAGAGCGUGGGGGUUGGUUUAAAAAAAACCCCCCCCAUCUAAUUGCUCUUGACAUAUUUACUGCGUAUAUUCAAACAGCGUUACGGGAGGCGGGGAGCAUUGCUAAAAAAGGGAGGGCAUUGGGCGGCGUUCACACAUAUGUAAUAAGCAUGGAGUUACAUCAGGCGAUGCG